UGUUUUAAUGUCAUUCCAUGUAGUGACUAGGGCAAAUUAAGUUCCUAAUUAAACAUUUAGAGUUUGUUUGUCGUUUUAAAACACAAAGGACAUGAAUUCUUUAAUACUUUCAGGAGAAUGAUCUUUUGUAUGAUAAAGGGCACUCAGACUAUAAAUUGACAGAAAAGAAGAAUGCCCUCUGGAAGGAAAAAGCAGAGGAACUUGGCAUAUGUGACGGUGCAAGGUUAAAGAGCUGGGUAGACAGUAUGCGAACUUAGUAUGGUAAGCUGACAAAACGACCAUCUGGAUCCGGUGGACGCCUAUCAGACAGAGAUAAAUGGAUUCUGGAUAAGUUAUCGUUUCUAUCAAAGCAUAUCUACAGGGUGCAAAGUCGUGGUGGAGUCGAUCUUAUGAAACAAAUUCGCGAGAAACACCCAGAGAGGAUGCCGGACUCCGACGAAAGUGGCGAGGAUGGCGAAAAUAGUCAAGAUGAUAGAGAAGAGCAGCUUCCGUCCGCUUCACCUGCAUUGUCAACUGCCAGUGGAGAGCAAGAUACAUCCACAUCAGGUAAUCGGAAGAAGAAAGCAAGCAGAGAAGAGUCCACAGCCUUGCUUCAACGCUUGCAAGAACGUAUCCAAAAGUCAAGUCAAUUGCAGGAGAAGCUGAUUGAUGAAAUGUCGGUACCAAAAGACCCACGGGUAGCAGAGCGACGUCAGUGGGCACAGUGGUUUGGUUCUGCAAUUACGGACAUUGAUGACUCUCUAUGGUCAGAUUUCCAAGCAGAAUCUCUUCAACUGGUCAGCAACUUUAAAGUGCGCUCCAAAAGCCUACAGCAAGCUCCUGUGCAGCAAUUUCCCUUGCAACCAUCUUUGCCGUCAGCCGACCAGGAGCGUGCAGAUUACCACACUGCAAAGCGUCUUCAGACAAUUAACUACUCUUCAAAUCCUGGGGGUUAUUUACCAGUAUGGCAGCAGAUGUACCAACCUCCUCCUCCGAUGUUUCCUCCACAAUCUUACCCAGGAAGGUCACAGUCUGCGCCAUUGUCCACAACAGCGACAAUAACAGCUGGCCCCACGUAUGACACAGUCCAGUCCACAUCUACAGGUGCUAGUUCUGUCGGUCAGGCUGAUUCUUUGCGAGAACUCAUGACCUUUUCGGGAAUUACGACCGUUAAUGAAUCUUCCGAAAAUGAUAUUGUUGACGUGUAAAUGUUGCGUAAUAAGUUCAUAUUCUUAAUUAUCAUGGACACUUAGGUUCUAUAAAUGACAAUGUGAUUUCUGUUCAUAUGGCUGUUUAACAUUUUAAA